UGCAUAUACAUAAUAUUUGGCGCGUGGCGAAAGGAGCUUCUUGAGCUUUGUUGUUGUAUGUGACCGAGUCAUCGUCGUCGUGCUCGCCCAUCUCCCUUCUUGUUCAAGAGCCUAAAGAAGAAAUAAAACUUCUUGAAAAAAUUCGGAUCUCUCUUAUUAAUCACUCUCGUUAUUCUCCUUUCAUCUGAGAGCAACGUGAACAUGGCGUCUGUUUCUGCUUUGGCAAAGUUUAAGUUGGUCUUCUUAGGAGAUCAAUCUGUGGGCAAAACAAGCAUCAUCACCCGUUUCAUGUAUGAUAAAUUCGACACCUCUUACCAGCCUACCAUUGGGAUCGAUUUUCUGUCCAAAACAAUGUACCUCGAAGAUCGAACUGUUCGUUUGCAGCUUUGGGAUACGGCUGGACAAGAAAGAUUCAGGAGUCUGAUCCCAAGUUACAUCAGAGACUCUUCUGUUGCAAUCGUUGUCUAUGAUGUAGCCAAUAGGCAAACGUUUCUGAAUAUUCCGAAAUGGAUCGAUGAUGUACACAGAGAAAGAGGUGGUUCAGGCGACGUUAUUAUUGUCCUUGUUGGUAACAAGACUGAUCUUGUUGAUAAAAGACAAGUAUCGAUCAGUGAAGGGGAAGAAAAGGGUAAAGAGCAUGGCGUGAUGUUCAUUGAGACCAGCGCCAAAGAAAAUUUCAACAUUAAGGCUUUGUUCAGGAAGAUAGCUGCAGCAUUGCCUGGGAUUGAUUCAUAUUCGUCAGCGACAAAAUCAGAUGAUAUGGUUGAUGUGAACCUAAAGAACACUUCAAGUUCAUCACAAGGUGAGCAACAAGGAGGAGGUGGUGGAGGCGGCUGUUCUUGUUGAUUCAAUAAAUUUAUUUAUAAAACAUAUUCCGUUUAAGACACUUGUGAAGCCAAGAAAACAAAAAAAAAAGGACCAAGAAAGUUUUCUUUUGUGA